AUGUCCACCUCAAAAUCUUCCAUACUUAAGGAUAUCGUAAAUAAGAACUUACAAACAAUGUUUGAUAUGUUAAAGACGCGUCCUAAUAGAACAAAUUGUUUCUCGGAACAAACACAAAAUGAAACUACUGUACUUGACACUAAAUUUCGGAAUUUGGCAAAUGGAACUUUAUCCGCAAUUUAUGAGUUGGAAAAGGUCGAAAAAUCAAAAGUUGUGCAACUAAAAAUCGAUAAGGCGCUUUUGACUCUUAUUACAAGACUUGUUGAAUUUGGUUUGUAUACCGACAUAAUCGAACCGUUACAGAAAUUGCGAUCAAGACUUUUGAUUUAUUUUAAACCUACCAAUAUCUCCGGAAUCAAAACGGUAGAUUCGAAACAAGCUGUGGUACAUUUAGAGCUUUUAAUGCGUAUAAUUUCAAAGGCAAUUAAUGGCCUUCACGAUUCAACAGUACGAUCUGCUUUAGUAUUUCAAGAAUUGAACGCGUUUUAUGAUGAAAUGUUGAUAUUGGUGGAGAAAUAUAUUUAUAAUGUUACCGAAAAUCCAAAAUUCUUGAUUUGGCGUAAUCAUUAUUCAUAUGUUGCUCGAAAGAGCAACAAUUGCAAGAAAUCAUUAGAGUUUUAUGAAUCAAUUAUUAGUUCGUUACAAGAAUCAUCUCAGUAUAAACAUUCAGCACAAGAUUUAGGAAACUUGUUACAAAUCGCAGAUUUAAGGAUUGAAAUUGCACACUUUGCAUUACAAAAUCUGAUAUGCACCAAACAAACAAAAGAUACGAUAAAACGAAUUAAAGAGGCGCAAUUUGUUUUUAAUGAACUAUCAAAAAGUAAUCUAAUGGAAAAGCUGUCCAAAAAAGAAAUCAGUGCACUUUCACAGCUUUUCAAGGUGGUUGAAUUGAUUCGAGAACCAAUUAUAAAAAUAGUGGAAUUCAUAGCAUCACAAGAGUUUAAUGAAGAGAGCGUUUGUACUUGUCUUAAAGAUUUGAUUCAAGCUAUUUCCAUCUGUUUUAACUUGAUUUGUGAAAAUUAUUUUGUUGAGUACAAGUCUCAUUAUUUGCGAGAAAAGGAUUCAACUUAUUUAAAUCCGGAAAACAUUGUGCAAAUUAUUAUUGAUAUAUAUGAUGUCCUUUCCCAAUUAGAAUUUAAUUUAUAUCAACAGAAUGGUUAUAAGAACUGCAUGUCUUACAUCGAUCAAGCAUACAAGAUUGUUCAGCAUACGUCAUGUAGAGAAGGGCUUCAUUCUAUUUUAAGAGCGUAUUGUCGCAUUGGCAAUUUUUAUUAUAAAUCGGGUGAAUAUAAGAAAGCUACCAAAGCUUUUGAAAAAUCUCUAAGAUAUAUUCCUCAACGAGAUUUCCUUCAAUUCUCGAAAUUGGUUUCUUCACAAACAGUUUUAUCCGCUUCUCAAAAACUGCCGUUAAUUCCUAACAUAAUUGAUCGGUAUAUCAAUUCAACUUAUAUUAAUUGUCCAGAUGGCGAAUUCACCUCAAUUCAAGAUAUUUUCUUGGAUGCAGGAUGUAAUUUGAUCGAUUCUGCAGGGCUGUUAGAAUACGAGUUGCGCGUAUUAAAGGAGCGUAUAUUAACCUCGCGUAAUAUUCAAUUCGAUUUCUUAAAUGUGGAAAAGUCAUUAAUUGAUACUUUGUUGUCUUGUUAUCUUCCUGAGGAAUUUCCUAUUCGGCGUGCUAGGAUACUAAUUGAAAAAGUUAAGAUUAUGAUAUGCAUAGAAAGUGAUUCAGGUCAAGGUUCUGCAUUAAAAUUUAUCGAGGGAGCAAUUGAUUUAUUAAAAACCGAUAAUUUUGGCAAGGACAAUAAUCUUGGACAUCUUUGUUCUUAUUACUUGGCGGCCGCUUAUUCUUUGACUGGUAUUCUUACACUUGAUUCGGAGAAUCUCUCAAACGAUUCGUUUGAAAGUGCGUUUAUCAUAUGGGAUGGUAUUUUAAAAAAUAUUCCUCCUUAUAAACUUGGAUGCACCAUUAAGCAUAAACAUAUAGAAAUCGCCAAGGAAAAAAUUGAUGAAAUUGAAAGAUUAUAUGGUCACCUUCAAUUGCUUGUGGAUUUUUUUGGGGUCACAAAUCAACCAAGUAACAAAAUCAAAACACUGAAUAUAAUGUUAAGUUUAAAUAAUGGAAUUCGAGAUACAACUGACAAAUAUUCGGAUUCGGUAAUUUUAUAUGCACAGAUUGGUCAAAUGUAUUUAAACCUUGGAUAUACUGGUAGAGCUGGAAUGGCUUUUGAAAGAGCUAAAGAUAUCCUUGAUUCCAAUACUUGUUUGAAUGAAGCAAGACUGUCGUGGAUGCUGGGAUAUAGCCACUAUUUAUGUGCAAUUGGUUAUAUGGAUAAAAGAAAUGCUCAAAAGGAUCCUGUGGUCGCAGCUAGAUUGGCUAGGCAACGAAAGAAUGAGCAAAUGUUGCUCGUGGACGCUUCUUACACGAGAUCUCGUAUUUUAAUACGUUUAGGCCGUUUAGAAAAUGCCAUAAGUGACGUCACACAAGCAAUUCACUUACUUAACAGAAUGAUGAGAAAUGUUAAUCUUAAUGGAAAACACCAUUAUCAUGAUAAAGUGAACGCAGAAGUUAAUCCUUUUCUUGUUGAAAAUAACGUGACUAAUAAAUGUUCAACUGGGAUAAAUGGGGAAUUUUUUGGUGGUUUUUUAAAUUUAACCGCACAAAGAUGGAAAUGGCGUGUUUUACAAAUGCUUUUUGAAUGUAAUCAUCAUCUAGGUCAAUUACAUAUUUUACGAGGAAGCGCGAAAGAGGCUGAUUACUGUUUUCAACAAGCAUUUGAGUUAAUUCAAUCAACUAAAGCGAAAACGAACAUGAGUCGUGUUUUACUAAAUUUUGCCGAAUUGGAAUUCCGAAGGCAUUGUUGGAAAGAAAGCGAAGAAAAGAUCAACCAAGUCAUUGAAUACCAACGAAAAGCUAUCAUCUUUCGAAAAGAAGAAGUUCUUGCCAAAUUAUGCUUUGGUGACUUCAAAUAUCGAGAGGGGGAUUUCAAAUUUAGGCAAGGUGAUUUCGAUAAUCAAAAACGGUGUUAUGAAUUUGCAUUAGAAUAUUAUAGUAAGGCUGUUGAUAUUUUGACCAAUAUUAUGAAAGAGGAAUACAUUUCUAAAAUCGAACAUCUAGACACAAGUGUAUUACAAACACCAAGAAGCAAGAAAUUUAUUUCAUACUCUGACACACCAAAGGAUAAAUUUACAGGGAAAGCCGAUUAUGAAUGCUGUUUACUUGCAUAUCUGAAAAGUGAAUUGUUCCGUCGUCAAGGAUUGAUUUUAAGCAAACGAGGUAAAAUUGAAGAAGGACUUAGGUUGAUCGAACAUGAAAAGUUAAUGAACCAAACAUGCCUCGAAAAGGCUGAACAUCUACUUAUUUUGAGCAAAGUUAAAAUGUUGGAGAUUACCGCCAAACUAACGAAUCAGAAUCACUUGUUAUAUGAAAAUUCGUGUAGAGUUAAACAAUCCAUGACCUUAACAACGUUAGUGAUAAUCGAAGAAAUCGACAAGACACUUGAAUGCUUGAUGGAAGUUUACGAUUUGGCAUAUGAGUGUGGGCCAACGCAUUUGUUACAAGAAACUUCUCUAUGCAUAUCUACGGUAACUAUGAUCAAAGCUUACGGGCAAAGCCAAUUAAAUAUUGAUCAAAGCGAGAUGGCUACCAUUUGUGCCUUUUAUUUGGAGAUGACAAAAGCACUUACAGCGAAGAGAGAAUUCUAUACUGCAUUGAACGAGAAAUGUAAAGAUCCUUUUUUGUGUUUUGACAAUCAGUGGCCACAAAAAAUUUCUACAUUACCAUCCGAGUCUGAUAUUUUGCAGAAUGAAGAUGAAUAUCAGUUAUAUGAUGAUGAAACUGUAUCACGUCGAAGCUUUUUAACGGCGCUAACACAACGAUAUAAAAAUGAACCUAUCUUGACUUAUAAUGAGUUUCAAAAAGAAUUUUUGGAUAUUUUGCCUCCUAAUUGGACGGUUUGCUCAGUUUCUGUUGACAUUGAAACAAAUGAUAUGUACAUUUGUCGAUAUCAACGGAAAAUGACUCCACUUCUGCUUCGAUUACCAUUGAAACGUCAAUCAAGCAGGGACGGAGAAAGUGAUGUGUUUAGUUAUAAAGAGGCAAUUCGAGAAUUUAAUGCUAUUUUGGAUUUAUGUAAUCAAAUUAUGAGUAAUCCUUCAACAUCAAAAGAAUGGUGGAAAACAAGGAAGGGAUUGGAUGUACGACUAAAACAUUUGCUGUACAAUAUAGAGAAUUUAUGGCUUGGUGGUUUCAAGGGGAUAUUAAUGGCAGAUAAACAACAAUCUUCCAAUCGGAUAUUAAAAUUUAAAGAAAAGAUAGAUAGCUUAUUAUUCAAGUGUGAAAGUGGAAAAUCAUCUAGAAAGCGUUCAAAAGUUAAGAAGCUUGAUAUUGAAAUAGAGCUUUGCAAAUCAUUUCUGCGACUGGGUUCAGAUGCACAAGAUCAAGAUAUUGAGGAUAUUCUUUAUUUCCUAGUUGAUGCGUAUAAUAAAUAUAAUGAUCAACAGGUUGGAUAUGACGAAAUUGACUUGGAUCAGCUUAUUAUUGAUGUUCAAGACGCGUUAUCUUGUGAUGAUACUAUGAGCUCCAAUGUUGAUGACCAACAUGUUAUUUUAAUUCUUGAUAAAUAUGUACAAAUGUUACCAUGGGAAAGUCUACCAUGUUUACGAUCACAAGCUGUUUCAAGAUUACCAUCUCUUUCAUUUUUGAGAGACAGAAUUAUGUUAACAAAUCAUGUUAAUAACAAGCAAGACAAUAAACAAGGAUGGUUGGACUAUGUCAUUGAUCAGCAUAAAUCAUUUUAUGUUCUUAAUCCAAGUCAAGACCUGAAACAUACACAAAAUGAAUUUGAAGGUUUUGUAAAAAACAUUAAAGGUUCAGAUGGAAUUACUGGACGAAUUCCUACCGAUCAAGAAUGGAUAGAUGGUCUUGCAAAUAAAGAUCUUUUCAUGUAUUUUGGACAUGGCGCUGGUGAAGCAUAUUGUAAGAAAAAUAAGCUUAGACAUUUGGAUCGUUGUGCUGUAACACUUCUAUUCGGUUGUAGUAGUGGACAAUUAAAAUUAGGAGGAGAAUUUGAUCCUUCUGGUAUCAUUUUAAGUUAUUUAUUAGCUGGAAGCCCGGCAAUUGUUGCAAAUUUAUGGGAUGUCACUGAUGUGGAUUUUGAUCGAUUUAGUAAAUCUCUGUUUCGGAAUUGGGGAUUAAAUCCUAAUGGAGAAACCACAAUAUCAAAAAAAAAGGUAUCAUUGGUUCAAGCUGUUACAAUUGCAAGGAAUGCUUGUAAAUUAAAAUAUCUAAUUGGUUCAGCUCCGGUGGUAUAUGGUAUACCAUGUUAUUUACAGAGCAAAUAA